AUGUCUUCUGAUAACUUAGCAGAGAGCCCUCAGCUUCCAAAGCCGAUCACCCCAGGUGGAUUCCAGAACAACAAGGAGGCUCUUAGCUCCCUGACACCAUCCAUCUCCCUCAACCAGGUGCUCAACGUCCAGCAUGGGCCUCAGCUAUUCACCGAGCUGCACCUGGCCGAGACAGAGAAAAUGUUUGAGGAGGACAUGGACUCCACUGGAGCCCUGGAUAUGGAUGCCUUCAUUAAAGUCAUGAAGAAGGUGCUGAGGAAUGUGUCAGAUGAGAUGCUGGAGGCGCUAUUCUUGAAGGUGGAUUCAGACUGUAUUGGCUUCGUCACUUGGCAAAAUUACAUGGAUUACAUGGUGUGUGAGUUCCAUGGAAAGGAGGAGAUGAGGAAGAGCCAAUACCGCCUGCGCUUCCACCUUCCCAUGACGGUUGUGCCCCUGUAA